AUGUUCGAAGGGAUCUCGGGGAUUCGUGUGGUUACAAAUACUGCCAGCAUGAAGAAAUCAAAGUGUUUUUGGCUGCAAUCUGGCAAUAUCAUCAUCGAGAAUGCGGAGGUCUACAUGAUUUUCGCGGUCUCUUUGGAUCGGCAACUGGCCAUUCAAGAGCCUGUGAAGUAAGUUUUCGAACACACCAUAUUUCGAUAUCAGUCUGUCGGGAAAAUAAUGAACCUAAUUUCACUGCGCCAAUCGCUUCGCUGAAGUGAAAAGCGAUUUGAUUUUGCCACGGCAAACUUCAUUUUCUCGGUGGGCAAUGCGAUUUUCGAUGCGACAGAGGGCUCAUUAUUUUCCCGACAAAUGGCCCAAAUGUCCCCAAACGACGAAAAAAAUCAAAUUUUUCCAGAUACCGAACCUGGAAGAUCCAAAAAUACGUGAUAUUGAUGACAAUUCCAGCCGCAAUUUACGGGUUGGCCUAUUGGCUCUGGUCAUUUGCGACGUUGGUGGACAAAAAUUUGGAAAUUUGCAAUCUACCCACAUCGAUGCCCGAUGUGGUCAGUGAAUACUGGAAUUACACUUCAACUUUUGCCUGUUUUCUUACUGUUUUUUGCUACGGCUGCACGUUUGCCAUGCUCUACAAACUAAGUAAGUGCUGUUUAGCUCCGAAAAAUCGCAUUUUUCCGCGGCAAAAGCUUCGAUUUUGCUGAAAAAAUCCAAUUUUUAGCUCCCAAGGCCCUAAAAGGACAACAAGGUCAGUUGGAGCAGCAGAAAAGGAUCGCCAAAACGUUGAGCAUCAACGUGUUUGGAUUUUUUAUUUCGUCCGUCGCCAGUUCGGCGAUUAUCAUCGUUUUUCGGAACGCCGGAGUCAGCGAAGAAAUUGUUGGUGAAGCCGAAACCUACGCGGUUAUACCAGGUAAAUUGCAUUUUCGCAUUGUAAAAUACGCUGUCUUUUUUGGCGGGAUCGAAAAAAAUCUAACAUCAGGCCAAAAAUGAGUCAAAAUUUGGUAUCUAUUAUAAAAGUCUAUAAUAAAAGUGUCACUGAUCUCUUUUUGACCUUUUUGUUUGCUGAACCCUAAAUUCAUUUUUAAUUUUUUUUCUGAUUUAAAAACCAUUUCACCUGUCUACUGUGAGUACUCAAUAAACUUUGGUCUGUAAAGCUUAAAAUAAACUUCUUUUUUUUCAGGCCUUCUCAGCUACUCUCUGAAUUAUUACAUCUACUUUUGGCGGAGUAGUGAGUACCGUCGGGCCUUCGCCCAACAGUUGGGUCUCAGUGAAAACUUUUUCCUUCGGGGCCAGGAGACAAUGUUUGGUCCGCAGGUGAGCUAUUACCGUAGUUUCGGAGGAAAAAAUUGAAAAAAUGAGUAAUGGACACUUCUGUGGGCUAGAAAAUCACAAGUACAUAUUAUAUUUAGUAUUAUAUGUAUAUUGUAACCUAGUGACUCCGAAAUUGGCGAUUUCUCAAAGAUAGCCCGUAUUUUCUCAAGUUUUUGGCUACCUCAGGCGCUAAUUGCCAAUAUGAUGACUCAGUUUUCAUAUAAGAGUUUGCAAAACCCAGGUGGAAAAAUAAUACCAGUUUGUCGGGAAAAUAAUGUGCAGUCGUUGGGAUGUCAUAUCAUCGGUUUGCGACACUAGCCACGGUGGGCUAGUGUCGCAAAGCGGCGCGAGACUGCGGCAAAGUUCUAUCGCGACAAAUCCACAUUAUUUUUCCGACAGACUGAUAUGUACUUAUAACUUUUUUUUGCCGGAAAAACAUGUUAAUUUUUUUUUCACAAACAAAGGAAAGAUAAUUAAAAGUCGGAGUUUCUGGUCGAGAAGUGCAUAUAUGUCCUCGACCCAAAAAUCGAUUGUUUCUUUUUAUAAUAAAUAUUUUGCCUAAUAUUGUAAUAGAUGUUUUCCAGAACUCCCAAGUCACGAGGAUCUCCGGAGUUAGCCCGUUUAGUGUGAGUGUCAGCAGCUCUGUGAUGACACGGAUAUCGCAAACCCCCGUGGAAUGA